UCUGCUUCUAGUUAGUCGGAGAGGGACAGUGAGGAAGAAGGAGAACACGAUCACUACCAGACCGAAGAGGAGAAUAUGAAAGACAUACUCACUGCUGCUGAACCUAGUAAUGUAGGAGAAAAUACAGUGUACCAGUCCCGACUGCCGGCACAUGUUAUACGUGUAGAUCUCGAAGACUUCGACGUCGACUUGGACUCAUGGGAAAAGCCGAAAGUUGAGUGGGAGAGGGGGAUGGAGUUUGAAACAGGGAUGACUUUCUCGAGCCGAGAUGCUGUUCGGGCUUGUGCUGUUACCUAUUCGGUGGACAAUGGAAGAGAGUUCAAGAGUUGUCGGACGACGCACACGACAAUAGUUCUCGUUUGCAAGCACAAAGAGAUAUGCCCAUGGUGGCUGCGUGCCACACUUCUUCAGAAAACCAACACAUGGACGUUGACAAAAUAUAUCGGGCCACACAUAUGCGAUAUGCAAGUGUCAGUUCGUCACCACAGGAAUUUUGGGAUUGCUCAGAUCGCCAAUUAUAUUAAGACGCAAGUGCUAGGUCAGCGUGACAUACAGAUCAAGACGUUGAUUGCGGGACUACUUGAAUAUACUGGAGUAGCUCUUCCGUAUAAAAGGGUGUGGUAUGGCAAAGAGAGGCAAUCUGCAGCGUUUAUGGGGACUGGGAAUACAAUUACAGUCAACUGACAAAGUUCAUGGAUAAUGUGGUGAAAGUGAAUCCUGGAUCCUUCUGUCAUGGCGAAGGUAUGAAAUCUAUUAGUAUUGUGGAUUUCAAUGUGCGUACAUUAAGUAGAUUUAAUUCUAACAAUAUCCAUAUCCAACAGGCCCAAUAUCUGAGUGUGGCGGGCUUCAAUGUAGAAUUUUCCAACGGAUGUUCUGGACGUUCUUCCCGAUGAUGGACGGAUUUCCGUUUUGCAAGCCAAUUCUAUUCAUCGACGGCACCCACUAAUACGGCAAAUAUAAGCUGCACAUGUUGAUUGCUUCGGCGAUAGAUGGCAACAACCAUAUAAUGUCGGUGGCUUUUGCUCUCGUGGAAUCAGAAUCUAUUGCCAGUUUUGAAUAUUUCCUGGGUCAUCUCCGAGAUCAAGUCUUACGCAGUCGCAAGGUUGCCAUCGUUUCUAAUCGCGCUCCAGGAUUAAUUUCCAUUUUGAAACGUCCGGAGUGGGACGACAUCGAUCACUUUUUCUGCAUAAGGCAUUUAAUGGCCAAUUUCCACUCUUUAAUCAGAAAUAGGGACUUGAAGGAUUUGGCUGAGAAAGCGGGUAAUAUUUUGUGAAACUUAUCAAAACCUGUUUUUUUAAAGAAUGUACAAUUUCUCCCACUAACAAUUACAGUCAUACAUACGUAUAGGUCGGGCCUUUCAAGAGAAGAAGUACGACGCAUGCAUUGAGAGCAUGAGGAUAAGAUCGGAGGAAGGGCAUGCCUACUUGACCGACACAGAACAUUUGAGACCCGAGCAGUGGACUAUGUGUCAUGACAAAAAGGGGCAACGAAACGGGGUUAUGACAACGAACUACGCCGAGUCCGUUAAUGCGAUGCUGAAGAAUAUAAGGGGCCUUCCUAUCACAGCAAUGAUAGAGGCUAUCUUUGACAAACUCAGUGAUACAUUCGUCCGACGUUGGGACAUGUAUAAAGACCUAAUCGCCAAAGGCGUCAUGUUUACUCGGAUCUGCAUCGCGCACAUCAAAAAGGCAACGCUAAAGGCCCGCUACCAUAGUUGCAAGAGAUGGAUUACCCAUCGCGGGGCUGAGCUCGGUUCUCAUAUACGUAGUCCUGCUACUAUUUUUUUUUCAUUUACAUAUUUUUGUCAAUAAUGUAUAAUAACUGACGAUUUACGUUGACUUUUUACAGCGUGAUACCAUGGAGAGGAUCCGCUUGCAGUCUGAGGCGGAUUCCACUGUUCGGACUUACGCUCGCACUUCCCAGCUAGCCACCAGGGAGGACCGGCAAAACGUCAGCGGGCCACCGCCAGACCCUGCUGUUCCGCCAGACGCUAUUCCAGAGAUGGAUCCGCCGACCGUCGAUGUACAGCGCAUACGAGGACGUCGUAGAGGCAGACCCAGACAGCCAGAGCCAGCCCGUCGUCUUUCACGGGGACACAGAGGACUUUAUCCGGCGUUAUUACGGGUCUGUGUAUGAGUACGGGAGCACCUCUUCGCAGCCCUAGGUGCCACGGGCUUCCUCUUUUUCAGUACCGCCUACUUCUAUGCCUUAUGUCAACCCAUCGUUUGGGCCGACCGCUUGCACGACUCCGCUGGCCACGCAGCAGGACCCUCUAGACACAUGGGUCGACUAUCAGGGGAAUACCGAGGAGUUCAUUCGGCGGUAUACCGGGUAUACGCAGCACCACGGCAGCACAUCUUCGCAGCCCCAGGGCCCACCGGCUUCCUCUUUUUCAGUGCCGCCUUCAUCUGUGCCUUAUGUUGACCCAUGUUUUGGGGAGACCGCUUACACGACUCCGCUGGCAACGCCGGACCCUCUGGCCACACCGGUCGAUUAUCAGGGGAAUACCGAGGACUUCAUUCGGCGGUAUACUGGGUAUACACAGCACUACGGCAGCACCUCUUCACAGCUCGAGGCGCCACCAUCUUUGUCUUAUUCAGUACCGCAGGACUUCUCCCAUUACCGUGGUUCCGCUUUUACCCCCUUUCUGCCACCACCCCCGACACAGACACCUCCAGCUCAGCAGUACGGAGGACUAUUUGAAGACAACUGGUCCUAUCCGCAAACGCCUGGAGUAGGUAGUUUUAGCCAGCUUCUUGAGGGGUACAUUCCACAGCCGCCUUCCUCCUCUCCCCGCCCAACUCAGAGCCCAUCGCAAAUGCAUUUUCCGCUAACUGAUGAGUGGGUGAGCAAUUUGCAGGCUCCCACACCUCCAUUUGGUGAUGUUGCUAACAUGACGCCUCCUUCAUUUUCCCUGGGGUUAGGGAACCCCUCCUCACAGGCUCCUGAUGACGAGGAUGACGAUGUGGUCAGUCAAAGUGGUAGCGACCACAGCUCCGGCCCAGAUCUCAGACCUUAUCGGCCAUUGACUCAUAGCCAGAUGAGUCGGCGUCAGAACAAGGGUCGAAACUUGAGGACACUCUUACAGACCCCAGAUAGAACAAACAUUUAGUUGUAUUUUAUAGCUUUUUUUUUAUUGUUGUACACAUAUUUUUGAUUAUUUGAUUUAUUUUAAUUUCUUUGUGUGACUUUUUUAUAAUUAUGUACAAAACCCUAGUGAUU